GAGGAAGGGAGUCUUGAGGGGGAAAUUUUCGAAUUACAUCAUAAUAAUCCAGCCUUCGACUUUUUUUCUCGGCAACAAUCUCAUUUCGAAUCGAGUAUAUCGAGUCGUCCGCACGCGCGAGUCAGAUUGCGUUCAAUCAUCCGGACACCGAGCAAAAUUCUCAACAAUUUCUACCGUAGCGUUUCAAUUUAGGAUCAGGGCUUCAGCGAAUGGUCACGAAAUUGCGCGCGUUCAAAUAUUCCGUUGAAAUACUUAGGUUCGCAAAGGACAGCACAAUCAGCGCAAGUCAUAUUCCUCGACGAGCCAUAUACUCCAUACCACCCUCAAGGGUUUAUCAUUGCGCGAUCCCUUCGCGCUUUAAGGCCAAAUGGGAUCGACAAACUUCGGAAACUUCGACGCAUUCUGUCGCGAUUCGACCUUACCAGUGUGCAAUGUUCUCUCGGAAAACCACAAUCAGCGGGGCGGAUGGGGUGGUUGCGAACUACAAGGCAUUUCGCUGUCUGGAGGCCGAUAUCUAGGAAAUUUAGGGUCAAUAUUACUUUGCGGUAUUGCUAUUGCCGUGUCAAUACUACUAAUAUUGCGCUCGGAAAGAAAGAAGGCCGCAGUCGGCCGGAGGGAAAUACAAUUGUUUCUCCUUGGUUAUAUCAUAAUCGAAAUAUGCGAAAUAUUCACGGUCGGGGAGUUUCCUCUUAGUGGGACAGUUCGGGUUGCUUUUACUGGAAUUCAUAUUGGAAUGAUAAUCGCGACAACAUGGGUCCUUCUCCUUAAUGCCGUUGUAGGAUACCAAAUCCUAGACGAUGGAACUCCGCUCUCACUAGGACUCAUGCUCAUCUCUGGUGGCGUCUUAUUUAUCGGCACCGGCUACAUCACCCUCGACACGGGCUACCACUGGACGAAUGAGUUUGUUCCGGAUCCCACCAACCACUACCGAAAUAUUGCACUUUACGUCCUUUACCAGCUCGCGCCACUCAUCUUCCUAGUGGCUUUCUACGUCUUGGAGUCAGUACUCGUUCUACGAAUCUUGGGUGAAAUCCGACCUAUGAUCUAUCUCACGGGCGCUGCCGUUCUAUUUGCAUUGGGACAAAUCUUCAACUACGUGGUCAGCCCCUACAUAUGCAAUGGAACGAGUGGCAAGAUCGAUGGGGCGUUGUUCGAGACGCUCUUCACUCUACUAUCCGUAGUCAUGAUCUGGGUAUUUUGGUCAAGCAUCACCGAAGAUGAUUGGCCAAUUGCUAGUCAACCUGCGAGUUAUCCUUGAUUCUCCCGGGGUUAAUCACUAAUUUUGAAUACGGAGUCGGCGUUCAGGUUCAACAAUAUACCCGUUCAUGUUCUUUUCUUUUCACUCCUUGG